CAAGGUGCUGAAGGGGCAGUAGGAUGGUCGCGGACAGGCAGCGCAGCAGACACCCGGGUGAGGACCCGCGUGCGUCACUGGAUCCGCUACGGGGCCCGGGCCUGGUGUCCGCGCCUGCCGCACGCACGCGCACUGCACCCAGCAUGAGGGUCGCGGCCCUGAUCAGUGGCGGGAAGGACAGCUGUUACAACAUGAUGCAGUGCAUUGCCGCGGGGCAUUGCAUUGUUGCUUUAGCAAAUCUAAGACCAGAUGAAAACCAAGUGGAGUCAGAUGAAUUGGAUAGCUACAUGUAUCAGACAGUGGGUCACCAUGCCAUUGACCUGUAUGCAGAAGCAAUGGCUCUUCCCCUGUACCGCAGAACCAUAAGAGGACGGAGCUUGGAGACAGGAAAAAUGUACACCACACGGGAAGGUGAUGAGGUUGAAGAUCUCUAUGAACUAUUGAAACUCAUUAAGGAAAAAGAAGAAAUAGAAGGGGUAUCUGUAGGUGCUAUACUUUCUGAUUAUCAACGUGUGCGAGUAGAAAAUGUAUGUAAACGGCUUGAUCUCCAGCCUUUGACUUACUUAUGGCAGAGAAACCAGGAAGACUUGCUCCGAGAGAUGAUAGCGUCUAACAUUGAAGCCAUCAUCAUCAAAGUAGCAGCUUUGGGCUUAGAUCCUGAUAAGCAUCUUGGGAAAACCCUGAAUGAAAUGGAGCCUUAUCUUUUCGAGCUUUCUAAGAAGUAUGGUGUCCAUGUAUGUGGAGAAGGUGGCGAGUAUGAAACAUUCACUUUGGAUUGCCCUCUAUUUAAGAAGAAAAUCGUUGUAGACUCCUCAGAAGUAGUCAUACACUCCGCUGAUGCAUUUGCACCUGUGGCUUAUCUGCGACUUUCAGAGCUGCACCUGGAAGAAAAGGUGUCUUCAAUACCUGGGAAUAACGAAACAACUAAUUAUGUACACAAUUCUUGAAAAUUUAUGGUGCAUUUUAAAAAUUAUUAUGACCAACUUUUCUCAUUAUGGUUUUGUUCCUUUUCAAAAAAUAUAAUGGGACACUGGUUAACUGGAAAAAUUUCAGUAAACCCUUCUCUAAUAGCGCCAAUUUCCUCACUUUCUUUUUUAAAAGAUAAUUUAUUUUUUGAGAUUAUAAUGUAAUUACAUCAUCUUCCCCCUCUCCCUUUCCUCCACACCCCUCUUUGCUCACUUUCAAAUUUAAAGCCUUUUUUUCUUCCUGUUGUUAUAUACAUAACCCUCUCUAUGUCUCUCUGUUUCUUUCUGUCUCUGCCUCUGUCUCGCUCUGUCUCACUCACUCUACACACACAUACACAUGCACACCUUCUUAAGUACAUAAAUGCAACUUUCUUAAUCUGUAGAAAGAUGCCUGUAUGUAUGUUUUCAGGCCUGGCCAUUUCUUAUUGGAUACCAGUUGGUGUGCUCUUCCCUGGGGAAGACAGUUUCUUCUGUUCUCAGCAUUCCUUAAUUGCCUGAAGUCCUUUGUGCAGGGUUGAAGCAGCAUGGUGUCCUGCUUGUUGAGCUCAUGUUUAGGCAGCCACCUUAGUAAGAUAUCAUGGGUGCAGCUUCAGAUUCCUGAAAGAAGCAAACCCCGUGAUCCUCUGGUCCUUAGGUCUUUCUGCCUCCUUUUCUUUUUUUUUUUUUUUUUAUUAAUUAAUUAAUUUAAUUAUUAAAGAUUUCUGCCUCUUCCCCGCCACCACCUCCCAUUCCCUCCCCCUCCCCCAAUCCAGUCUUCCUUCCUCCUCAGCCCAAAGAGCAAGCAGGUUUCUCUGCCCUGUGGGAGGUCCAAGGACCACCCACCUCCAUCCAGGUCUAUUAAGGUGAGCAUCCAAACUACCUGGGCUCCCACAAAGCCAUUACAUGCAAUAGGAUCAAGAACCCAUUGCCAUUGUUCUUCAGUUCUCAGUAGUCCUCAUUGUCCAUUAUGUUCAGCGAGACCGGUUUUGUCCCAUGCUUUUUCAGUCCCCGGCCAGCUGGCCUUGGUGAGUUCCCGAUAGAUCAUCCCCAUUGCCUGGAAACAACCUAGAUGUCCUUCAAUGGAAGAAUGGAUGAAGAAAGUAUGGAAUAUAUACAUAUUAGAGUACUACUCAGCAGUAAAAAACAAUGACUUCUUGAAUUUUGCAUACAAAUGGACG